AUGGCUGACCAGAAGAAGCAGCCGCCCUCCGCAGUUGAUAUCCUGAGCAUUAGCGUUGGUCUCUGCCGUCCUGGCACCAACGUACCCAAGAACCCAAUCGCUCCUUCAUCGUAUACCCCUGCGAGAUACGGUCAGAAUUUCGCGAAGCAAUCAACUUCAUCUCAAGCUCCUUCAGAGAUUUCAAACGAAUCAAGGAAUACAUCCCAAAUGGCUCACUGCCAGCUCCGCGGUCCCCUCGUGGGCCCGCUGCGUGAGCGACGUCGUUCCGAGCUUUCAGCCCACCACCCCGUCUGGGAUCAGGCUCGCAACUUCCAGUCUGACCUCAUGACCAUCCAGCAGGCCAUCCGCCGCGCGCCUGGCAUCCCCAGCAAGGUCUCGGAGGAGCUCUGUGGCGUUCUUGUCAACCAGUCGCAGCAGGUCAACAAUGCGAUCCGCGAGACUGUUGACGACUCGUCCGAGUUACGUAUUCAGGUCGAGGAGGCCAACAUGGCGAUCAUGAGUCUCAAGAUCAACGAUACUGCUGUCAAGGUCGACCUUGAGCAGAACCAGAAACGCAUCAAGGAGCUCAUUGAGAUGGAAGAGAAGGCCGAGAACCGCCUGGCAAAGUACCAUACCGACGCUGAAAAGGAUCGCAACGAGAUUCGUGUCAUUCUGGCUCGCCUCACUGCCAAUGAAGAGGAGGAGGCGAAGACCAAGAUCAACGACGAGCUCAUCGCUACCCUGAAGGAACAGCUGAGCGCCAGUCACUCCAUCGAACCCGAGCCUGACAGCAAAGAGCCCACUGCCAUCGACCAGGCCAUGGCCAAGUUUCAAGAGGCGCAGGCUCAGGAGGGUGUGAAUGGAACUGGCUCGACCGAGACCAACCCUGCCAACCUGCCCUCUCUCGAUGUCGCUGAUCUUGCCAACGUGACUCCCACACGUGGCAGUAACAUGCAUCUCGUUUCUUCAUAUGGAAACCGUGACAUGGUUCGAGGGACCUUUGCCGGCGAGUCAGCCUUCUCGCCCCUCAACAUCAAGAAUAGCGGCAACGGCCUCCCUGGCACCAUGCAGCCUCCUUCCUGGACCCGACCCAACAGCCGGGGCAUGCCCGAGAGCAUCAACGGCCUCGGCAGUACCAUCAUGCGCAGCGCCACUCCUGCUAGCCAGAACGGCUUCAACAGCGGCGGGGCUAUCGUGUUCGGUCGCCCCAUGAGCCGCAUGGGUCAGCAUGGCGGAGCUGGUCCUCGCUCCGGCCCUCCUGCCUUCCGGCCUAAGGCCCCGGAAUUCCAUCCUGGUCACAAUGGUCUCAACGGCAGCGGCAGCGGCUCGGGCCACGGCAAUGCCAUUGUCCAAAUGUCGAACACGUCUUGGAGCCAGCACCAGCGUGGCUACGGACCCAACCAGUCUCCCGGCCCACACCACGGUCAUCCUCGCUCCCGCGGUGGUUCCCAGGGCUGGCAAGAUGGUCAGAAUGGUGGCUUUAACCACUCCGGCCCCAAGCGUCCCCAGUGGACCAACAGUCAGUACGAUAACCGCGCCGUCGUCGCUCGUUCCCAGCCCGUCAUCCCUCUCGGCCAGACCUACGGAGGCAUCACUGACGAUCUCGGCCGAUUCGAGGAGGCUUUCCAGGAGCUCUUUGGUAUUGCUCGUGGCUUUAUUGGCACCUGGCUUGGCGCAGAGGACGCUGCCAACAAUCGUGAAGCUGCCAUCAUCCAGUACUUGCCCAAGGUCUACCACCCGUUCACCGAACAGCAGGCCUGGUCCUACAUUCGUCAGCAUCUCAAUGACAGCCUCGCCCGCUCUUGCCUAUUUGCUCGUGUCGUCGUCGACUUCAUCGUUCAACGUAUCCUGGUGCCCACUGCCUGGCAGGGCUUCGGCUUCCAAACCGAUCGCCGCAUCCAGCAGGUCGACGAGGAGCUUUCUCGUGGUCCCAUGAUGACCGGCUCCGCCCGCAACGAGUACAACAGUGCCGUCAGCGAAAUCGUCAACUCGAUUCUCGACAACGAGCGCUACGAGCAGUACCGCGAGAGCCGCAUCGAGUACUUCGCCACUGAGCUCCAGAGCAUGCUCGGCCCGCUCAUGAACGAGUUCGCCGACCUCGAACAAGCCGGCAACGACCUGCGCUCGGUCGUCGGCAAGGCAUGGUCCCUCUCGGCCAAGACGCUCACCUCGCGCAUGACCUUUGAGUACCGCUUCCCCGAGGCCGGCUGCCGCUUCUCCAUGCAGAGCAUGGUCGCCGUCGCCCCCAGCAUUGACGGCUACGUCCUGCAGGCGGAGCACUGGCGCGUCCAGCUUGUCGUCACGCCCGUCAUCACCGUGCGCAACGACAACGGCAGCACCCUGUCCGUCCACGUCACCAACCUCGCCGAGGUUCUGCUUAUGAAGUGA